ACACCAUUGUUAGGGCUUCAGAGAGAAGGUGGUUUGCAGAGAGAGCUCAAAAGCUUGCAGUAUUUACGGUAAGGUAGACCACUGGCGGCUGGGAUCAGCUGAUUUGUGUCUCCAACGUCGGCCCUGCUGGUUGCACGAUGGAAAACUGGCGAUUUUAAAUCAUUUUCAAUUGCAGUUUUUUUUUGGUUUUCCCAUGUGUAAUGUUUUAAUAUAUCAAAAGACGUCCCCGGCUGCAGUCGUGAGUUUGCAAACGUGAGGAUGAGGCGCUGAUGGAAGGGGGGUGCGGCAGGGAGGGGGUUUACCUGCUGCUACUUGCGACAUGGGGAUGUGUUACAGUCUGCGACCGCGGCUCUUCAGUGAUCCCUCGGGCAGCGGCGGCUGCAGCGGCCCAGACGCGGAGCUGCGCCCUGGGGUCGGGGCCGAGCAGCCGCACCAGGGGGACACGGCGGCCAGGCUGCGGAGCGCCGACGGUCUGGGGCUGCAGCUCCGCCGCAGGGAGACGGACGACUGGCAGCCGCAACAGAACGGUGCCGAGGGAGAGCGGGCACCUCCGCCGCAGGGCAGCAAAGGGCCGGACAGGGACAAGGUCGACAAACCACAGCCGCAGGACAUUGAAGCGGACAGAGAGGCCAAACGGGUCAGCAAAUGCAUCGACAAGAUGUUAAAGCAACAGAAACGCGAGUACAAGCAAACACAUCGCCUGCUGCUCUUAGGGGCUGGUGAAUCUGGAAAAAGUACAAUUGUCAAGCAAAUGCGAAUCUUGCACGUCAAUGGAUUUAAUGCUGAAGAAAAGAAGAUGAAAGUGCAAGAUAUUAGGAAAAAUAUUAAAGAUGCCAUCGUGACGAUAGUCUCAGCAAUGAGCACUUUAAUACCUCCGGUCCAGUUAGCCAACCCUGAGCACCAGGUUCGAUUGGAUUAUAUUAAGAGCAUUGCCCUUCUUUCCGACUUUGAAUACACACAGGAAUUUUUUGAUCACGCAAAAGCACUUUGGGAUGACGAGGGUGUGAAGGCGUGCUUCGAGAGGUCCAACGAGUACCAGCUCAUCGAUUGUGCACAGUAUUUCUUAGACAGAAUUGACCAAGUGCAGCAAAAUGACUAUUCCCCGUCUGAUCAGGAUUUGCUUCGAUGCAGAGUUUUGACAUCAGGGAUUUUUGAAACAAGAUUUCAAGUUGACAAAGUAAAUUUUCAUAUGUUCGACGUGGGAGGACAGAGAGACGAGAGGAGGAAGUGGAUUCAGUGCUUCAAUGACGUCACAGCUAUCAUUUUUGUGGUGGCCAGCAGUAGCUAUAACAUGGUGAUACGGGAAGACAACAACACCAAUCGACUCCGAGAAGCUCUCGAUCUCUUCAAAAGCAUCUGGAACAACAGGUGGCUGCGAACAAUCUCCGUCAUCCUCUUCUUGAACAAACAAGACCUACUGGCGGAGAAAGUGCUGGCGGGGAAAUCCAAAAUAGAAGACUAUUUUCCGGAGUACACGCGUUACACCACUCCAGAUGACGCAACACCAGAACCUGGAGAAGAUGCCAGAGUUACAAGAGCAAAAUAUUUUGUACGAGACGAGUUUCUUAGGAUCAGUACAGCGAGCGGAGAUGGACGCCACUACUGUUACCCGCACUUCACCUGCGCGGUGGACACGGAAAACAUUCGCAGGGUAUUCAACGAUUGUCGGGACAUUAUUCAGAGAAUGCACCUGCGGCAAUAUGAGCUGUUAUGAUGGAGAAUCAAUCUGACCCCUUGGUUUUUGGACUCUGCUGGUUUCCGUACCCUCGACGUGACCCGCGCAGGGGUGGAAGAAAUGCGAGAGACGUGUGUCAAUGUUGCUCUCUCUCUCGACGCCAUUUUGUUCUUCAUUCCUGACUUCACUUUAUUUAGUGCACCACGCUCUGUGUUCGUUUUGUUUUCUUCUUCAAAACUCCGCCGUAUUCCCCACCCCCCCCCCCAACCCACUGGUUCCACCGAGACCUCUGGUUACCUCUCAUGUCUUGACUGAAGUCUGAGUAUGUACCUCAGACCCAUCUCCCUACAAACUCAUCACUCUUGUCCCCCCCCCCCCCCCCCCCCCCCCCCCCCCCCCCCCC